UUGGAGCGUCGAGGCCGCCUGAGGAGGGCGUGGCCAUAACGUAGCGCGGCCGUUGGACGGAAGUGAGGAAGUCGGAGGAGCGCUGGGUCACGGCGCAUGUGUCUUCCUGCCGCCGGUAAGCCAUGGAGAGGAAAGUGCUGGCACUCCAGGCUCGCAAGAAGCGGGUGAAGGGAAAGAAAGGCGUGAAGAAACCGGAGCCGCCAUCGCGCAGCUCUGCCCCCGAUCCUCAGUCAGAUGAGCCUCAGGAAGAGGAGGAGGAGAUGCUGGGCUCUGAUGACGAGGAGCAGGAGGACCCCAAUGACUACUGUAAGGGGGGGUACCACCAUGUGAAGAUCGGGGACCUCUUCCAUGACCGAUACCACGUCAUCCGGAAGCUGGGCUGGGGCCACUUCUCCACCGUGUGGCUGUGCUGGGAUCUCCAGGCCAAACACUUUGUGGCCCUUAAAGUGGUGAAAAGCGCAGAGCAUUACACAGAGACCGCCCUGGAUGAGAUCAAACUACUCCGCGCCGUCAGGGACACCGACCCCGAUGACCCCGGGAACCAGCGGGUGGUGCAGCUCCUAGACGACUUCAAAAUCUCUGGCACCAACGGCACGCACAUCUGCAUGGUCUUCGAGGUGCUGGGACACCACCUGCUAAAAUGGAUCAUCAAGUCCAAUUAUCAAGGAGUGCCGCUGCCCUGUGUGAAAAGCAUCAUCCGGCAGGUCCUUCUGGGCCUGGACUACCUGCACUCCAAAUGUAAGAUCAUCCACACCGAUCUCAAGCCGGAGAAUAUCCUGCUGUGUGUCAACGAUGCCUACAUCCGACGUCUGGCCUCCGACGCCACUCAGUGGCUCCGUUCCGGUGGUCCUCCUCCCUCGGGAUCGGUGGUGAGUACAGCGCCCCAGCCCAAACCCUCCGUGAAGCUGUCCAAAAACAAAAAAAAGAAGCUGAAGAAAAAGCAGAAACGUCAGGCUGAGCUCUUGGAGAAGCGAGUACAAGAGAUCGUAGGAAUGGACGUGGAAGAAGAAGAGGAGGAAGAAAGUCUUCCCCAGUUCCAGGAGAAUGAGGUCAAGUUAGAACCUUAUGAGGGACCAGAAAUCAAUGCUAAUGGGUUGGUGUCUACAGCCUCCCCAGAUGAAAGUGACUCCCAUACAAAUUGUAACACAUUGUCCACAAGUUUGAGCCUUCCCACUGGAGACCUUUCUGCGGUGUCGGAUUCUGCGGUUUCCUCAUUAAAGUGUAGCCCUGAUGAAGGCCCAAAUCUCAUUCUGGAUGAUGGCAUGCUACCUCAGCCGUCUGAUGACCAGCAGCUCCGUCAAAGCGAAGUGGAGGAGGCAAGCCAACAGCAGAGGAGCGAGGUACCUGAAGAAGAGAAGACCUCUGCCAAAACGGAGGACAGCGAUGAGAAAACCGUAUCUGACUUCCUCCUAAAUCCUCUUGAGCCUCAGAAUGCAGAUAAAAUAAAGGUGAAAAUUGCCGACCUAGGAAAUGCUUGUUGGGUACAGAAGCAUUUUACAGAUGACAUUCAGACCAGACAGUAUCGAUCUCUUGAAGUUCUCAUUGGAUUUGGAUACAGUACACCAGCAGAUAUCUGGAGUACGGCAUGCAUGGCAUUUGAGUUGGCGACCGGAGAUUACCUGUUUGAACCUCACUCUGGUGAGGAUUAUUCCCGUGAUGAAGACCACAUCGCUCUGAUCAUUGAACUGUUGGGACAGGUCCCACGCAAGCUUAUUGCAGCUGGAAAAUAUUCAAAGGAUUUCUUCACAAAAAAGGGGGACCUCAAACACAUCUCAAAGCUAAAGCCUUGGGGUCUUGCUGAUGUCCUCAGAGAAAAGUACGAGUGGUCUGAAGAGGAUGGCGCCCUAUUUGCAGACUUCUUGCUGCCCAUGUUGGAACUAGUCCCUGAGAAGCGGGCCACCGCUGCCCAGUGCCUCCGUCACCCUUUUCUAGAAACCUAAGAGAAGACGUGAAAUGUGUCCAAGCCAUUCUGAAUGUUUCACGUUCAAUUAUAAGGGCUUUGAGUUGACCAAGAGUCCGAAUGGGCAUGCUUCCUCACAGUGAUGGGCAGAAGCCUAUUUUUCUGCCCUGAUUUCCUGUGACAUUGACUAAUCUGUUAUAAAUAUUAAUCAACUUGGUAAAAGGGGACGGUAAAGUGUUAGGCUAAAUUUUUCUCUUUAUUAGUUGAGAGCUCAUUAUUUUCUCAUAUGUAUGAUACAGAGCCUGGGCUUUAUUUAUCAAAGUGUAUGAAGGAGGAUCUGCUCAUUUUGGUAAACCCGAUAAACCUCUUUAUUUUGUUGUCCCAGUGAUGAAUGGAAGAUUAAGAUAUUGCUAUUGGUAGGACUCCUUAACAUUCUGCUAAAUAAGCCCAGCUGUUGCAGACUUGGCUUUUAUGAGUUCUUCCCAUUUUUAUACUAUUCCAUGUAAUUAUCCGUAUAUACACAUUUCCAACAGAAGAAAAUGUAAAUCUAUGUGAUGCAUUAUGUUUUCCAUUAGAAUUGCAAGUUUUAGAGCAAUAUUUGUAAAAUGUAUGAUCCUACCACUGGGGACUAAAAUCGGCAGAUCAAAAUAAAAAGACCGUUAAUGUAUUCAGCUUUCAA